GGAGGGACGGCGCCUGCUACUGAGUCAGCAGUGGUGAGGAAGCGGGCGGCACCUCGCCGCCCGGCCCGGCCCCGCCGAGCGGCCCCGGCUCCCCAGCAGCGCCCCGGCUGCCGGCGCCGAGCGCCGGCGGGAGAAAGGGGCCGUGGGGGCCUCGCCGGCUCCUGCCCUCUGCCGCCGCCAGGUAGGCUUGCCUAGUGCUUCACGGCCACAGCAGGGUUACUAAAGAAUAUUGGAGGAAACCAACGUUAAGACAUAUAAUUUCCACACAGUUUCUUGGAAAAGCAGUUGUUGUUGCCUUCCUGGUGCAGCAUGGCAUUUGGACUUGGUGUUCUCUGCCUGUUACUAUGGGCAAUAACAGGUUCCAUUUGUGAGCACUGCAGAGAAGGAGCCACGUACUCAGGUGCAGUAAUAUCUCCCAACUUAGAGACCACUAAAAUUAUGCGAGUUCCUCAUGCUAUGUCAGUGUCUGACUGCAUCGCAGCAUGUUGUGACCUCUCUGGUUGUGACUUGUCCUGGAUGUUUGAACGACGCUGUUACAUCGUGAACUGCCAACACAAAGAGAAUUGUGAACCUAAAAAAAUUGAAACUGUAAAGUCAUAUCUUACUUUUGUGCUCAGGCCUGCUCAGAGGCCAGCCUCGCUGCUAGGAUUUGGGCAAGUGAUCCCAAGCAUGGUCCACUCUGUGGGACUCCAGAAUGAGCCGUCUGAGGAAGUGAGUAGCCUGAAAGAGCUGUCUCUGCUUGGUAAAGAUCCCAGCCUUGAGGAGAUCCCUGAGUACAUUGAUGAUUAUAAAGAGUUGGAGCAGGACCCCUUUCAGGUGAGCAUCAAACAUGAGCAGAAGGAGAGCACGGAUUAUGCUGACUGGGGUGUGAUGGUGGCAGGUGAAAACGGCUUCAACUCUUCUGUGGGUGAUGAUGGAGAUAACCAGGAAGACUUUGCGGAAAAGAAAGGGGAGGCUAGGAAGGUGGAAAGCCUUCUGAAUAAAAACAGCUCUGAACUGAACUCUGUCACUGAACACUCCACAGAGAGGUUGUCAUCUCUCCUGGAGAUUACACCAUUCCCUGGAAAGACAUUUGAAAGUGAAGCAGCUGUUCAACUUCUUGCGCAACCUGACGAUGCUUUGCAAAAAGAGGCUGCUACACCUUCCCUUUCUUCAGACAAACUGGAUUUCUCCCCAGGUGUGUCAGAGAAAACCCAGACUCCCACAGAGGCCCCAGUGAAUGUCACUGAAGGUGGGAUCAUGCUACUUCCCACUAAUACUGUGCCAUCUGAGCCCAUGCAGCAAUUCACACCACCUGCUACUCCUGCUAAAUCAGUAAAAGAACUUAUUGUGUCUGCUGGAGAUAACAUACAGGUGAUGCUACCCAAAAAUGAGGUUGAACUGAAUGCCUUUGUUGUCCCGCCACCGCCUACAGAAACAACCUACACCUAUGAGUGGAGCUUAAUCAGUCACCCUCCUGACUAUGGUGGUGAAAUGGAGCGCAGGCACAGCCAGACCUUGAAGCUCUCUCAUUUAUCGGUGGGACUUUACGCCUUCAAAGUGACAGUUUCUGGUGAAAAUGCCUUUGGUGAAGGUUUUGUAAAUGUCACAGUCGAACCAGCACUCAGAGUUAACCAGCCGCCUGUCGCCAUUGCUUCACCCAAAGUACAAGAAGUUUCUUUGCCUACAGCUUCUACCUUCAUUGAUGGCAGUCAAAGUAUAGAUGAUAUGAAGAUAGUGAGUUACCACUGGGAGGAAGUUAAAGGUCCUUUGCGAGAGCAGAAGGCAUCUGCUGACACACCUGUCUUGCACUUGUCUAACCUUGUUCCUGGAAACUACACUUUCAGACUCACAGUGAUUGAUUCAGAUGGAGCAGCCAACUCCACCAUUGCAUCUCUGACUGUCAACAAACCAGUGGAUUACCCACCUAUUGCCAAUGCGGGACCUAAUCAGGCAGUCACCUUGCCCCAGAACUUCAUCACGCUGAAUGGAAAUCAGAGCAGCGAUGACCAUGAAAUUGUCAACUAUGAGUGGUCACUCAGCCCCAAAAGCAAAGGCAAGGUUGUAGCAAUGCAGGGAGUGCGGACGCCGUACCUCCAGUUAUCUGCAAUGCAGGAAGGAGAUUAUACGUUUCAGCUGACUGUCACAGACUCUGCGAGGCAGCAGUCCACAGCUGAGGUCACUCUGAUCGUACAGCCUGAAAAUAACAGUCCUCCAGUAGCAGUCGCUGGCCCUGACAAGGAACUGACCUUCCCAGUAGAAAGCACUACACUGGAUGGAAGCAAAAGCCAAGAUGACCAAGGCAUUGUCUUCUAUCAUUGGGAAAAUAUCAGUGGACCAAGCUCUGUACGGAUGGAAAAUGGUGACAAAGCAAUAGCAACUGUGACUGGUCUUCAGGUUGGUACCUAUCGCUUCAGGCUGACCGUGAAAGACCAACAGGGCUUAAGCAGUGCAUCUGUGCUCUCUAUUACUGUGAAGGAAGAAAACAACAGUCCACCCCGGGCACAUGCUGGUGGGAGGCAUGUUCUAGUGCUUCCAAAUAACUCUGUGACCUUGGACGGCUCAAGGUCUGCUGAUGACCAGGGGAUUGUGUCGUAUUUGUGGAUUCGGGAUGGUCAAAGCCCAGCAGCUGGGGAUGUCAUCCAUGGCUCAGACCACGAGGCAGUACUGCAGCUAACUAAUCUGGUGGAAGGAACCUAUACUUUUCACUUGAAAGUGACGGAUGCUAAAGGAGACUCAGAUAUUGAUUCAGCAACUGUUGAAGUGCGGCCUGAUCCCAAAAAGAGUGGUCUGGUGGAGCUGAUUCUGCAAGUUGGAGUGGGACAGCUGAGUGAACAGCAGAAGGACACCCUGGUGAGACAGCUGGCUGUAUUGCUGAAUGUUUUGGAUUCAGAUAUCAAAGUUCAGAAGAUACAAGCCUACUCGGAUAUAAGCACUGCGGUUGUGUUCUACGUGCAGAACGGGCACCCUUCCAAGGUGAUCAAGGCAUCAGAUGUCUCGCGAACUCUGCACGUGCAGCUUUUGAAAGAGAAGGCUGACUUUCUGCUUUUUAAAGUCCUACGGGUUGACACGGCUGCCUGUCUUUUAAAAUGCUCUGGACAUGGACACUGUGACCCCAUAACAAAGCGCUGCAUUUGCUACCAGCUGUGGAUGGAAAACUUGAUUCAUCGUUACCUAAAUGAUGGAGAGAGUAACUGUGAGUGGAGUAUACUCUAUGUGACUGUAUCUGUUUUUAUUUUGAUUGUGGUCAUGGUAGGGCUUGCCUGGUUCUGCAUCUGCUGCUGCAAAAGCAGAAAGAGGACAAAGAUAAGGAAGAAAACAAAAUACACCAUCCUAGAUAACAUAGAUGAACAGGAGAGAAUGGAGCUACGACCCAAAUAUGGUAUAAAACACAGAAGUACAGAACACAACUCCAGUCUGAUGGUCUCUGAGUCAGAGUUUGACAGUGAUCAGGACACUAUCUUCAGCAGAGAAAAGAUUGAAAGAGAGAAUCCUAAACCCCUCAUAAAUGGAUCCAUCAGAAAUGGAGUUUCCUUCAGCUACAGCUCCAAAGACCGAUAACUGAAUGAGGGUAAAAGCACAGAACACGUUGGUCUGACACAUCUGAAACACGUUGGCCCACCUCUGUUUUUCCAGAACCGAAAGCUUACUAAAAUAUCAACUAUUUGCAGAUGAAAGGGUACAUUUCUAGCACAGUUAGGGGAAGGAAGGUGGAAGGAUUAGAUGGUCGCCUAACUCCUGUUGUCACCAUUAUAGGAACGAGGAAAAGCACAUCUUAUUUCUUGCAUGUUCCAUGCUGAAUAUUUGUCUGAACUUCAGGAGCCCUUUUAUCCUGUAUCACUGCUACAAAACCAGCCAGGGCUGUUACACUACUAACAAUGGUAACUGAGAUGCAUACAGAUUCGUGUCCUGUGCUCCUGUCUCUCUCUCAGAGAAGCAGUGUGAUUAUGAUGCUGGCCUAAAGCAGCAAAAGCCAAUAUGGAUAAAUUCCCUUACAGCUGUAAAGAGCAAUAUGUGACCACAGGCUCCAUCUUCGUUUUGAGUUUAGGUUGGGAACACAAAGAGAGAGCCUUUUUAGUGCAUUGUAUUUAUCUCUGACUGUGGUUUGAGACUUCCUUUUCUGGGGUAGUGCUCAUCAGGUGGAAAUGUCUUUGUUUUCAAAGGAAGUUUAAAAUUAGCAUUUGUACUUAAUCAGCCGUAAAGUAACGUGAUACAUAUGUGUCCUGUGGGAUGCAACGUUCCCUGUUUUUACAUAAAGUAUGGUGCCUGCAGGGAAGUCCAGCCUUAGGUUGCUUCUGUAAUGAUGAAGGUGCUUUGGCUCUUUGGAGUCUGCCACAUCCAGCCAGGGAACAGUAGCAGAAAGGCAGGAGGGACUCAGUGCAAUGUGUCUUCAGAAGUGUUUGGAGAAUCCCAAACAACUUUUUCCUUAGAGAGCACUAUUAAGGAGCUCUGAACCUUCUAAGACUGAACCCUCAGCUGAGAUGAGUUUUCAUCUGCUCAAUUAAAGAAAGGGCCGGGCAUUUGUGUAGUGAAAUGCUUGUGGCAAAACACCCUAUGUGGAGCAGGAGUUUCAAACCCCACCUUCAAUGUCGUGGCAAUUGAUACAAAGGAAGGUUUUAGCUUGAACACUUAGUUUGGUUUACUUUUUCCUCUGUGGCUAUUCAGUGACUGGAUGUGUUGGUCUAAAAAGAUCCCUUUAGAUGUUUGGAAGGGGUAGGUGUGUUGGAGUUCUGAUGUUUUUGUUUGGAAUCUGGAUAUUUUCUUUACAGCGUGCUUGUUAGGCUUCAAAGCCAUGCCCCCAAUACUGUUCUUGAAAUCCCCAACUGAAUAUGUGGCUUUUGUACGUAAGCCUCACUUGUGGAGUCAUCUGUGUCAGUGGUACCAUCUGGCCAUGAUGUCAGCCUUUCUUGGGGGUCCUUUACUGACAUGCUGGAAUCUUGGGCUGAGCUGGAGGAAUAGUGUGUUCUGACAGAGAAAACAUUCCUCUGGGAGCUUCUGUGCUUCUCUUGUUAAUGGAGUUGGGCAACAGUAGGAAGAACUGUCUAGGCUGGAAGGAAUCAGCAGUCAAAAGUAGCAGCAACGUGGCAUGGUUUCAUACCUUUGAUUCUCAAAUGCAGCCAGCAACAGUCCCUAAGGCUACUAACGCUGCACUGAGGAGCAUUUAUCCUGGGACCAGCCCUGCAUUUCUCUGGAGAGCUGAGUGUGGCCGCAGGAGUCAUAGUGGUAGGAGAGACUGUGAAGAGCUGAAAAGGGCUAAUGCCAAGUGUUUUCCAUGUUUUCCCCAUACCCACUAACAAGAUGCAGGGCAAAUGGUUUGAUUUGCUUUGUUCAGAAGCCAAGUUUUAAUUCUAUGUGUGUAGGGGUUUUAGGCUAUUUAUUGAAACAAAUCUACUUUAUCUCACCCUCCCCCUUCUUGCGCAUCUGUGUGUAUGUAUAUAUUUUUAAAUAACUUGGUCAAUAAAAGCAAGGUCAGCUUUUGAUGUCUUUCAAUUUCUGCUCCAGAUGUGUGAACAUCAUAACACAAUGCUCACUUUAAAGCAUACCUGAAGAAAGUUAAGGCCAACUCAAAAUUUUUUUUUAAACUUUUUAAAUCAAAAUGUUGGGCAUUCUGCACAAAUUCCCAAAAUGGUGUAGCAGGACUUACGCUCUUUGAAACAUGCAUUUUUAAAAAGAAAAAAAAGCCAAAACACGUUGCGUAAGCAACCACAACUUUGUGGCCAGGCUGCCAUUAAUGCUUCUGCUAAAUACUGUAUCCAGUGUGCCUUUAUCUAUAAAUGUGUCUUUCAGGACGUGUCAGUGCAGUCAGCAGCAUCCUUCAGUUUUGUGAAGUCAGUCACUUGUGUGUUUUGGGUUUAUUUUACCUUUUUAAAGCUGGUGCUGAAGCCUAGGAGGUUGUUCUGUCAAGAAAUUAAAAUGCAGACAUCUUGUUUUUCAAAACAAGUGAAGACUGAUUCUCUAGUAAAACAACUACAGGAAUCAUGAACCUCAUUUCCUCAAUGCUGCAGAAUUCCCAGGGCUACUCCCCCUCCCACACACGCUGUGGGCUCAGAUCUUUGAUCAGUGGUAAGUUCAUCUGCCAUGAGAAUGUAUGCAUGAUUUGGCUAAGUAUUUCUCACUCCGUCCGUCAAGUAAGAACCAUUGGACCAAUCUCUUAUUGCAUAAGGCCCCAGCAAGUCGAAAUUGCUUACUAAAUUUUGUUCUCUAGAGAUGCUUUGACAUCUUUGUUGCUAACAGUAUUUUAGUUAUGUUUUGAAUGUAGUUUAAAUUUUUGAGCUGCUUCUAAUAAUACUAGUUUGAUUCUUUCACCUCAUUGGAAAGAGAAGUCAGCCCUCUUACAUAAGAUCAGGCUUGCUCUUAUUAUGAAACUUGCACAGAAGUUGAAAGUAGUAGUUUCUGGCUCUGUGAAUUUGUGACAUCACAUGCGUGUGUUACUUGGCCAAGCAUGAUUUUGUCAGGAAUUCAGGAGAGACGUAGAGCAAGCCUUGUAUCUUGAUUCAGUAUAACUUUUAUUUGUAGAACUGUUGCUUUCCUGCAGAAUGUCAGGUCAUACCUGGAAUGAAAGGGUCAGAAGAUACUGAUAAGAUACUGCCUCUCUUUGAAGACAGACAGUGUGCUGAUAGUUACAGUGCCUCAUAGCCUUCAUGUAAGCAGUGGAUUUUCAUUUGCAUUUUGGUUUUACAUUUAUAAAUGCUGAUGCAUGCACAAGCAGAGAUUGUCCAGCUAUGUAAAAGGACUGCUGCCUUUUGCAUUUUAAGUGAGGAGUAUAUUUUUUGAAAAAAACCCACUUCUUUACCAUUACUGCCUGAACCAUUAAAUAGGUUCAAUACUCAACUUCAGUACUCAGUGCAGUGUAUAUGCAGCACAAAACUGCCGUGUUGCAAACAGGUCGUCGGCUUGUGUUUUUAGUUUUCUUAACCAAAACACUACUGCAGUACAAGACAAAAUUUGCCUUGGCAAAUCUGCUGAGAUGCACAUCCAGAUUCUCUGUCCUGUGGUUCAACCUUUCAUAUUAGCUGAGUAGAUUGCUGAGAAAUUCAAGCAAAAUGUGAACGGUCUAAUUGCAGAGGAUUUUUUUAUUUGCGGAGGGGGAGAAGGUUAUUCUUGUAUCAUGUGUAAGAAUACAUGUUCAACUGCAUCCUUUUAGGUAAACAGUCUUAGCAGUCUCCCUCUGUCAGAUGCAUCAGAUACAGGUGCUGUUCAGGAGUCUGUUUUGUGCUGUCAGCUGUGUUUGCUUAUGAUGCUGAUUUUCCUUUUCUGUCUUGGUCUCUUGUGGGCAAACAGAAGCGUGCACACAUGCAAGGAACUUAACGGUGUGUGAACUUAACAGAGGGAAUGAGCGCAUGCGUGUGUUUUCUAUGCUGAAUUUAAACUUUCCUUAGACAGUCCUGGUGUUCUUGAAACGAUUGAGUUCAUAGGCAAAUUCCUGUUUUAAGCCUCAAGUGAAAUUAGUUUUGUCCCUCAAUAUACUGAUAAUGGGCUGUAGUCAGCUGGAGCUUUGGGGUGGUGGUAAGAAAAUGACACAUACUUUAGUCUUCUGAGCCAUUUAUGUGAGGUUUUAGAGAGAGGUAAACAUUCCUCCAGGCAACAGGAAAUGGGAUAGAGGUGAAUUGGAGUUUCUUAACAUCAGCUAUUGCUUAUCAUUAAUCCCUAAUGAGAAUACUAAUCCCAUACUUCUGCAGCAAAGGAGAACCCAUUUCACAUACCUUUUAGGUCCUGAACUCCCCAAGGCAAGGGAGGGAGCCUUAAAGCUUAGAAUUAGAGUUUUAAAAAGGAGGGAGAAAAACCAAAUCAUUGCACAGGCUACGAAUCAAGUACAGAUGAGCCACACAUCAGUACUUUGUCUCUGCAUGGAACCGCUUCUCCCUCUGGGUGGAUGGGUGAGCUGUUACAGAAUUUGUAUUAGGAAUCUGUUUCUAGAAAAUGAUAUUUAUUGCAAAUGAUAAUGUAUUGUAACUGGAACCAUUUCUGAUCUGAAAUUACUACAUUUAUGUAACUACUAAUAAAGUUUUGUCUUUCCUUCUA